GUACUGCAUGAUGCAACUCGGCCGAUAACACGGAUCUUGAUCCCGAAGGGCAUAUUAAUGUCCCUGUCUUGAACUCCGAAACAUUUUACAGACGGUUGUCAAAGUUUUCGAGUCGAGUCUGGAUCCGUAGCUAGGCGCUCAACGAGUCACGGUAGACACCGUCUGCUCGACUCCUUUAUUAUACGUUGGUUUUCACUCCAAAGUUCUUGCAGAACACUGAUUGCAUUUAGCCUCGUGCUAAUCUCCAUCAAAUCUGUAUCGUGACAUAACAUCUUUGCCCAUCCUGGGACGCAGCAUCAGGAAGCGCAUGCUCAAGUGAUAAAAUGAUUCAGAAUCGCACCCAGCACGAGAAGAACACUCUCUGCAUCAGGUUGACUGAAUCUGUCGUCUUUCUGCGCACUUCCAAUCCAACUGGUCGGGACUACAACCAGGGCAAUGCAGCGCCUGGGAUUGUUCGAGGAUUGCUCACCCUGAACAUCGUGAAGCCCACUCGCAUCUCCAGCAUUGAGAUCGAAUUGCAGGGGAAAGCCACCACUUCGUCGUUUGAAGGGGUUGGUGCGCGUCGCAUAGAGGUGACAGAGCAACACAAGGUGUUUACUGCAUCUACCGUCUUCUUCCAAGCGGCGUCGUCGCCCUCUGCCCGACGUACUGCCUCAGUUGGCCCUGGUCUUCCAGACCGUGACUACGACUAUGACCAUGCCCAUGAUGAAGUCCAUCACCCCGGAGAGCAUGGUUCCGUUCCAUCUCCACAACACGCGCCUCAUCCAAAUGGCCUUCCGAGUCCAGUAUUCUACACCAGGAGCGCUAGCGUGGAUCCGCGCCAACUUUCAUCUUCAACGAAUGGGCGUUCUUUCAGUGAUAACACUAUUCUGCAACGCGACAGUCAUAUACCUCACCACCAAGACACUAUCCACCUUCCUCCUAUCCCCCCUUAUAGCCCACCCCUGGACUCCUCUUCGUUUAUUGCAGAUUAUCGUCCCUCGCCCUCACACUCGCACUCGGGCUCGAUUUCUCAAUCUUCUGGUCACCCCAAACCAGAUGACAGUCCAGCCCAGACGCUCGAAGACCUUCGACGAGCGUUCAUGAACAAUAUAGAAGCAGGCCAACCGAGUCUAGGCCAUCGUGGCUCAUUCCAUGCGCACACUGUUGGUUCUUCUGCGUCAAGCAUAUACUCACACCGCGAUAUUUCCCUCUCCCGUCGACCAAGUAUUGAAGACAUCUCUGAAAACGAGCAGUUGUCUGGACAGAUAUCCCGAUUCAGUUCCCGCACGCGUACAUCUCCUGUAGAGUCGCAGAGUCCAACGCAGAGUCCAAGCGCCGUCUCAAAUGCUGCAGCAGUACACGAGGAUCGCGGAAGAAAGCAUUCCCGGUUUUCGUUAUACACUGUUGCCAAUGUGAUCGACACGAUGGUUGAGCGUGUGAGGUCGCGUUCUCCGCGUGCUGAAUCACAAAGGAGAAGCAAGAGUAUAAAUCAUGACGGCGAACGAGGGAGGACGCUGGACAGGGGAAUGGGGAAGUUACCGGAGCAGCCCUCACAUGAAAAUGAUAAACACAAGCAUCAUUCUACUUUGGGAAAGGUAGGAGAACUCUUAGGGCUGGAGGAUGAACAUAAAGAAGUGGGGGAGGGCUGGAAGGAAUUCAAGAAAGGAACAUAUACCUAUCCCAUCUCAUUUACCAUACCAAAUAACUCGCCUCCCACUAUCGAAUGCGAUUACGGAACCAUGAUUUGGAGACUGAAGGCUGAAGUCCACCGACCCGGUGCAUUCACACCAAAGCUCACUGCACAACGUGAUGUCCUUGUAGUUGCAGCACCUUGUGAAGAGGAUACCGAGGACUCGGAAAACAUCAUCAUUGAACGCCAGUGGGAGUCACAGCUGCAGUAUUUGAUAGCAAUAUCGGGACGCAGAUUUCCCACUGGCGGCACCAUACCCAUUGAUCUCACGAUCGUCCCUUUCACGAAAGCCAAGGUACAUCGAAUAUCUGUCCAUAUCGACGAACGAAUCGAGUACCACACACCAACCAGGCGGACCGUGCGCUCACAGCCUACACAGCGAAUAACUUUGCUUUCACUCGAAAACGAGGUUGACGGCGAGAGCCACCCGUUACUCCCUCUCAUCUCCGACGACCCAGAGGCAUUCCAAAAGUCACCUCUUUACCAACUCCUGAACGCUCAUGACGACGAGAACGAGAUGGCCAUGGCUGUCAUGGGUCCAGGACCAUGGUCAUUCCACCACGAAGUGCAGCUUCCUCAACACUGCUCCCUCAUUCAUUUCUCCAAUCGGAACAAAAAGAGCAAUGUCACUGUCCAUCACACACUCAAGAUUGUCAUUCGCGUCGAGCGUGGCGAUGACGAGGCGACCGACCCGCAGACAAAGAAGACGAAGGUUAUUUGACAUCCAAAUCCAAACGCCUGUGCGCAUCUUAUCUUGUCACUGCACCCCAGCAUGGACAUCUCUACCCAGAUACUACGAGGUACUAGAACGCGACUUUGACAGCAAACGUGUAUCCUGUCCAUGCGACCUCCGGGCCUCGCGCAACUCACACUGCGGUCCGAACGAUAGCGAACCGCACACGCCCGUCUCAUUGAACCGCGUAGUCUCGAUCGACUCCACCGUG